AUGAAUUGCGACUUGGUCCCAAUUUUCGCGUAUUCGAAGAAAUGGGUGUUCAAGGAAAACUAUCAGCCAACAACCGUUUACCAGGGAAUGCCAGUCAACAUUGAGCUUACGCAUCGCCGACAAGCAAUUGAUUACAUCUACAAAUUGCAAGAAAUUCUCAGCAAAUAUGGUCAGUUGAUUCCAAACGUAAAUGUACUGAUAUCAGCCGUUUACUUGCAGCGAUUCUACUAUGUUCACUCAUUUUAUAGUGUUGAUGCUAAGCAACUCGCCGCUGCUUCACUUUUUCUUGCUUGCAAAACGAAUGAUCCGUGUGUUCCAAUUGGAAAAUUAGCUCGAGCUUAUUGGGAGCUAAAUUUUCCAAAUACUCCAGGGCUUCCAACUUCGAAGUUGGAUGAUGUAACGCAGAUAAUUGUGGAACUGGAGAAAGCGCUGCUCCUAACACUAGGCUUUGACAUUCAUGUUGACUUGCCGCAUCCAGUUGUCUUGAAAAUGUUUAUGGAACUCUCGUGGACUAAUGUUAAGGAUCUUAAAAGGCUGAGCUAUCAAUUCGCCACUGAUGUAAUUUGUCAAACGGAUUUGAUUCUUCGCUACACAAAAGAAGAAAUCGCCGUUGCUUGCAUUUUUUCAAUCUCGUCAUGGAUGAAUUUCAAAAUUCCUGUCAACGAAUGGUGGAAGCAGUUUGUUCCAAUGCUAGAGGAAGAUGUGCUAAUUGUUUUCUCUACUCACAAUGACAAGCGAGCCCUGUUCAACCAGACACACUCGCUGCUGGGUGGUUGCUACGUUUCUUCUGAAGUAAUCGCGGAUGAUGAAAAGACCUCAGAAUCAAAUUCGGACACUGAUGAUUUGACAAGCAGUGCACAAGCUCCUCCACUGAGUCCGUCUGAUGGUGGUUUUGUCAGUGCUUCGAGUGACGAUGACGAUGGAAUUGUAGUCAAGAAGCCACGCCUU